AUCGCGGGUCAUGGCAGAUGACGAAGAGCGGCAGCGGCUGUUGCAGCCAAACAAUGAUGAUGGUGAUGGUGAUGAUGAUGCAGGUGAUGAUGGCGGUGGAGGGUUUGUUGCUUCGGCCUCUGUGAAUGCAAGCAAAGCCGAUGUUGAGAAGCAGAGAAGUGGUGGUGAUGAUGGUGGCGGCAAUGGCAAUGGCAACGGCGACGAUGACAAUGGUGAGUCUUGGAGUGUCGCCGGUGAGACGCGAACGAUUCUGCUGCUGUCCCUGCCCAUCUUUGUGGCAGUGUGCUCUUGGGUGGGCAUGAAGGUGACCGACACAGCCGUGCUCGGCCACGUCGGCACAGACUACCUGUCAGCAGCAUCGCUAUCGGACAUCUACACAACUGCGACGGCUUUCCUCAUCGGCGGUCGUGUCCUGUCCACGUUUUGCGGCCAGGCGUGGGGUGCCAAGAACUACCGCCUCGUCGGCAUUUGGCUCAACGUCUCGCUGGUCAUUGUCGGCCUCUUUGCCAUUCCCGUCAUCAUAUCGUGGAACCUGACCACGUAUGUGCUGGAGGCCUUCCACAAAACGGGGCCCAUCAACCGUAACGCCAGCCUGUACUCAGGCAUCCUGUCUGCGUCCAUCCCAGCCCAGGUGACAUUUACCCAGGUGUCCUCGUACUUCCAGGCGCAGCAGAUUGUGCGGCCGGGCGUCGUUGUAGCGGUCAUCUCCUUUGCGUACAACCUGCUCAUGAACAUCUUCCUCGUCCUCGGUGUGGGUAUCAAAGGCUUCAGUGGUGUGGGUUUCAUUGGUUGCCCGCUCGUCACCGCCAGUGCCCAGUGGCUGCAGGCCUUCCUCCUCAUCGGCAUCUACAUCUUGUGGAAGAAACUCCAUCGCCCGACAUGGUUCGGCUUCCACUGGCAUGAGGUCACAUGGAAGCGAUGCAAGCGCUACCUUGCCCUGUACUUGCCUGCCAUUCUCAUGUACGGGUCUGAGUUUUGGCGCAUGGAUCUCAUCGGCGUCCUUGCCGCCUCUCUUGGAGACACCGAUGUCGCCGCAUUCAACGCAUCCUACAAGAUUAUCUAUAUUGUGCAUCAGUUCUCUGUGGCCAUCGGGCAGGCCACCAGCAUCCGCACAGGCAUCCAUCUUGGUGCAGCACAGGGGAAAAGGGCGUUUUACGCAACGUGGAUGGGAACGCUGCUUGCAGGCAUCACGUCGUUCUCGCUGGCAACGCUGGUGUUCUUCAUCCCAAAGCAGAUUGGGUCCAUCUUCACUGCUGACGAGACGGUGCUUGAUCUCUUCUACGACAUCCGCCUCUUCCUCGCCAUCACCAUCUUCACCAUGUCCAUCUCGGAUACCAUGGAGGCUAUCAUGGUGGCGCAGGGCAGGACGCGGGCCGUUGCCAUCAGCACCACCAUCGCCUCGUGGGGUGUGCACGUCCCAGCGUCCUUCCUCCUCGUCCACUAUUGGGAGCGCAGCAUGCGCGGGCUGUAUCUUGGCGUUGCCCUGGGCUACUCUGCGCUCACCCUCAUCUGCGUCGGCGUGAUCAUGGCGUCCAAGUGGGACAAGCUGGUCGUGGAGGCCCUUGCGCGGUCCGAAGCAAAGAAGCACGUGAACACUGAUGGCGGUGGUGGUGGUGGUGUAGAGGGGGAGGAUGAAGAUCGUGUGACUGUACAGGGUGCCAUCAACGGCUAUGGUGACGACGACGACGACGAUGACGACGAUGAAUGGGAGGAGCGUCGGCCGCUGUUGCGAUCUGAUGAUUCGCAGGUGCAGGACAUUGGGGCCGUCAGUCCGGCAGCGGCAAGUCGCAUCUCCGUCUCCAUCGAGGGCAGCGCUUGAGGUCCCGGACUUGUUUGAGAGAGAGGGGGGGGGGGGGGGCUUGA